AGGCCGGCGACACACCGCCGGCUGUUGGAGGACGGCAGGUAUCCCGUUAAACCGACCCGCAGCAUCGAUUCCCCGCGACCCAAUGUCAUCUGAUAACGGGAUAAAUUAACGCGGGGGACAUGGGCUUCGACACAAACCGCCACGCAUGACUGUUUUCCGGUGUGUUCGCCGCCGCUUCCUGUGCUUUCCUGACCUCUCCAUUGUUUUCCCCGAAGAUAAUUGGAAGACGGACGGACUGACUGAGCUGCAACAUGUCUGGAAUAAGAUCCCACAUGUCACUGCCGGUGACGGUGGGCGUCCUGUUGGUGGGCCUCCCGUACUCCAUCUCCCUGGCGACCCAGUGGCUCUACGGGUGGCCCAACAAGCCUGGAUAUAAGAAGUACAUCGAAGCGCUGAAACCGAGACGGAUAUACUGUUUGACCAGAGCUGUGCUGGAAACUCUCAAAUACCUGCAGUACGGGAAGCUGUACUUCCAGUGGAAGUCCUGGUACAAGAACGAGGAGAACCGUAAGCACUAUGAAAAGGGCAUCACGUUUGGCCGCAGAGGCAACAAGCUGGACUUGUACCACCCUCCACAUACGGGCAAGUCUGAAGGCGUGGCGGCGCCGCUGGUGGUUUUCAUCUACGGAGGCGCGUGGGGCUCCGGAGAAAGAUCGAUUUACUGUUUACUGGCGAGGCGGAUGGCUGAAGAGCUGAACGCAACCGUAGUGUGUCCAGAUUACUGCACAUACCCAAAGACAAACGUUUUAGGGAUGAUCCAAGAUGUUGCUGACUGCUUGGUUUGGACCCAAGAGAACGGACACAAGUUUAACUUUGACAAAGACAACGUUGUGCUAAUCGGCCACUCAGCAGGAGCACAUCUGUGUGCACUGACCACAUUUUUUCUCAUUGAUGCACGAGAGGAGCUUUUCAUCGAGUCCAAGAAGCACCGGGACAUCACGCUGUCGAUAAGAGGAAUUAUCGGUCUGAGCGGCGUUUACGACAUCAUGGACCAUUACGAGCACGAGCAGAGGCGAGCAGUCGAGUACGUCUCCACGAUGCACAAAGCCAUGAACGGAGUGGAAAACUUCCCGUACUACUCACCGACACACUUACUGAAGAAGCUCAGCCAGGACAAACUCAACAAAGUGCCUCAGUUCGCUUUGCUCCACGGGACCAGUGACAUUAUCGUUCCUGUCGAAUCUUCCACUAAGUUCUCCGAGCUGCUCACCUCGCUGUCCGUGAAGGCGUCGCUCUACCUGCUGCCCAGAGUCGACCACACCGAGAUGGUGACCGACCUCAUGGCGUCGGACAGGCGCUUCUACCACGUCAUCUACAGCUGCAUCAAACAGGAGUUCAGGAAACUUCUGGGCACCUGCUGAGCCCCAGAAACCAGCUAAACUUCCACACAUGGCUAGUAUUUACUGACGGUGCCAUACUGUGACUGAACUUUGUUUACCGUUUCUCUUCUAAUACGUUGAAAUGAAUCGUAUUUAACCUUGAACUGAACUUGAUUCCUUUAAGUUGUGAUUCCAUGAUGACGAUGACGUGAUGUUUUUGUGUGAUUGUAAGAUUUACAGGUGGAUUGUUUUUUUUAAUUUUUUUUAUUUAACAGCUGAAAAGACUUUUGGUUUGAAAUGUGAAUAACAUUAUAAUAAUGUUUUGGAUGGAACGUUUUCCAAAUAGCACUGAUGAAGGAAGUAAAUGUGAAGUGAAAUGUGUCGUGAAGGAAAAAAAAUACUCCACAGUAUUAAAAUGAGAGUCCAGUUACCAAAUCUGUACCUUUGAUUUCAGGUAAGCUUUGUUUUAUGAAACAUGAAAUGAAUUUUUGUCUUGAUUUAUUAUAACCACUCAUUUUGAAAAAAAAACAAAAAAGUAUUUACCCCAAAUACUGGCGUAUGAAUUAAACUUACUGAAAGGAAA